AUGAACCCUAGAAAGAACUUGAUCGAGACUUCAAAAUCCUGUGACAAACCUGCUAAUGACGAAUUCAACGAUUCGAUGCCUUCUGCAUCACAGUCUGCAGCUCGGCAAAUAUCGUCAGAUGAAGAAUCGGAACUGGACGGUUUCCCUCCUGUACAGACGUUCAGUAACGACAACAAGAGUAGUUCCUCAGAUAACACUUUGAAGAAUGCGGUUAAUCGUAUUGUUGUUUCGAAAUCAAGCAUGAAGUCUUAUCCUGAAAAUGAUCAGCUUAUUCAUCACACUUAUCCAAGUAGCAGUGACAAAGCGAUGAACGUCAGAGAUUUCGAUUCCUUGAAGAUGAAGCUUUCAUCGACAGGUAGCAGUGCUUCUGAUUCUAAUUGGGACCCAGAGGAUAAACCGUCGAAAACCGUUUCUGCGUAUGACUCUGACGAAUCUGACAUCGAGCCAGUGACCCAGGGCACCACAUGCUCUGAUCGUCAUCAAUCUCACGCGCCCUCUGUUGUGUUAGAUGACGACUUUGAAAUUGCUGGGCCAUCCCACGCCGUCGGCUACCACUCUGACGACGACAGCGGGCCAGCACUGUCACCGCUUAAUUCACCUGCGUCGACAGGUUCCCAAUCUAAUGAACCGCCUGAAAAUGUAAGCGAGGACGAAACGCCGCCAUGUUCGAUGGCAGCUACUGCUGAAAGUGAAGAUAAAGGUCUGAUCCUCGUGAAUGAUGACCCACUCUCUUGUAGCCGUGGUAGCGAUGGCGCUUCUUCUACAGGACCAAUACUUAACAACAUAGACGACUCAUUAGCAGAGGAGAUACAGAGUACACGUACACCUCAUGCCAAAAACGAUCAACUUGUUUCUGAAAACGAUGAAGAGGAAAACAAAAAGGAAGCCGGCGACCUGAUCGCUGAUAUCUUUGGCGAAACAGAUGAUGGCCUUGAAAGUGACAGUUCUGACGAUUCAGAGGUUCGUUCUAAAUAA